AUGAAGUACGCAAGAAUUUAAAAUAAUUUGAGAAAAAAAAAUUAAUAAAAAUUAAUAUUUUCUCUGCGUUUUUUUGCCGGAAAUUUUUGGCAAAUCAUCUAAAUUCUUAAAAUUAGUUGGCAAAAGAACUAAAGAGUUGGAGUUACAAAUUGCUGACCUACUAAAUGAUGCAAAUAGUUUGCAAAAAGUCAAUUUUCUAACAAUAAAUCAAAAUGUCAAAGACUUCAAAAGAUGGAUGUGUGGAAAAGCAAGAAUUUGGAAAUUCCCGUGUUAAUAAAAUGGCAAGUUCGAUGUGGAUUUUAAUAGAAAACUAGUUGUAAAUUCAUUUCUUGCAAAUAAAAGACAAAAAUCGCUGUUUCUUAAUAUAAUAUUGAGAAAUUUAUGAAGAAAAAUGUUGACAUUUUGUAAAGAAAUUUAUGUUGCCUCAAAUCAUCCAUUGUUUUUCUACUAAUUGUGAAUUUUCUUUCUUAAGCGGAUGAACAAGAAAAGCUAGAUAACUUUGAUAAUUCCUUUGGAAAAAUUGCAGCCACAAAUAUUCAUUUUUGAAAUUCUUUAAAAUUUUUAACAAUUUGGAAUCUGCCUAUCUAUAGAUCAAAUUUGAAGUUGAAUAUUAUUAUUCCAGCAAAUAUUUAAAACCUUCAACAAAAAAAGAACAGCUCAUAAACUACUGUGAAAAUUUGAAAAUUUCAAAUUUAACGCCUUUAACAACAGUAAAAAAAACCAAAGAUAUGGAAAUAAAUGAAGGAAAAAACCAAAAAAAAAAACUAAUUAAAAAUUGUCACUUAAACAAAGCAACAUUAAACAAAUAUCUUAAGUUUAGAAGAAAAAAAAAACUAAAUUUAGUCAUGGCACUCAAUGGAGUAAAUCUAUAAGGACAUCCUGUUUAUUUGUUAAUGAGCAUAUUAAUUGUGGCCACGGAAACGAAAUUGUGAAUGUUCUACACCAGGAAAUGCUGCAGCUAAAUAUAUUUUUUCAUCAAACACAACCACCAAUCAAACAUAUUGCCACACAUUGGCCACUCAGAGUAUCAGUUAGAAGUGAGUCAGGGUCGUGUUAAUCAACUAGGCGGCGUAUUCAUCAAUGGCCGACCUCUACCUAAUCACAUACGUUUGAAAAUCGUGGAAAUGGCAGCCAGCGGUGUAAGACCCUGUGUUAUCUCUCGCAACUUAAGAGUGUCUCACGGUUGCGUUUCGAAAAUAUUAAAUCGUUAUCAAGAAACGGGCUCCAUAAGACCGGGUGUUAUAGGUGGCUCCAAACCCAAGGUAACCUCACCGGAAAUAGAGGGACGUAUUAAGGAUAUGUGUAAAGCCAAUCCUGGUUUAUUCAGUUGGGAAAUCAGAGAGAAACUAAUAAAGGAAGGUUUUACAGAUCCGCCCUCAACAUCAUCGAUAAGUCGCUUGUUAAGGGGUAACGAUCGCAGCAGUGACGAUGGACGUAAAGAUUAUAGUAUACAUGGUAUAUUAGGCGGUAGAGAUUCUGAUUUAAGUGAUACCGAAUCCGAACCAGGUAUACCCUUGAAACGUAAACAAAGAAGAUCGAGAACAACCUUUUCCGCCGAUCAAUUGGAGGCUUUAGAAAGAGCUUUUGCGCGCACUCAAUAUCCCGAUGUUUAUACCCGCGAAGAGUUGGCUCAAUCCACACAACUAACAGAGGCUCGCAUACAGGUGUGGUUUAGCAAUAGAAGAGCUCGUCUGCGCAAACAUUCGGGUGGAGGAGGUGGCGGUAGUAUGAAUGGCGCCAUGUCUAGCUCAGGAGUACCCAACUCAGCAACUGCUUCAGCGGGUGUGGCAGGCCCUGCCCCCUUAGGUUUUGGUCCCUUGGCAAUGGGUUCCAUGGGUUAUAGUCCGGCGGCGGGAACUACUGCUUCCAGUGGAGGCAUGAAUGAUCAACAUAGUGUUCAUGCAGCAGCUGCUGCAGCGGCGGCCGCAGCUCAUCAUCCCGCCCAUCAUCACCAUCAUCCCCACACACAAAUGGGUGGCUAUGAUCUGAUGGCCGCCCAGUCUGCUCAUCAAGGGUUUGCGGGCAGUUUUCAUAAUACACAUUUCAGUGGGCAGAAUUACUAUCAUCAAGAUUAUUCCAAACUCUCCAUUGAUGAUUUCUCUAAACUCACUGCCGAAAGUGUUUCGAAAAUCUCACCUUCGCUACAUCUCAACGAUAACUAUGCCAAAUUAGAAAAUCCCUCCAACUGGUCUCAGGCAGCCGCUUAUCAAUCGGCCGCCGCUGCUGCCAACUACAAUGCAGCAGCCGCCCAUCAUCAUGCACAUGCGGCGGCCGCACAACAACACUCCCUCAACGAUUAUGCGGCUGCGGCCAAUGUUUCACUGAGCCACAAUAAUCCCAUGAACCCAGCGGCGGCGGUGGCAGCUUCCGCCUAUCAACAUCCCUUGCCCACACAAAGUGAUACCAAAUACUGGAGCUAAUUUUAAUUUAUAAAAAAAUUAAUUUAACAGGAUCUUUUUUGUUAAACCUAAGGAGGCAUUAUUUCAUACAUUUAAGUUACUAAAUUAAAACAUUAUUUUUUUAAUAUUUAUUUAUAUUUGUACGUAAGUACUUAAGAGUAUUGAAAAUCGUAAUAUUUA